AUGCCUCGGUCGCGGUGUCGGUUGUUCGGCUUUACCGAAAAACCGACACCGCCCCACCCGACUCGCCUGACCCGCCAUUUCGGAGGGGUCUUACUGGGAGUUGGGACAUGGGAAGAAAGUCAUUCGCAGGAUUUUGUUUGCAGAUGUUUCGUUUGGAGGAGACUCGACGCUUUUGUUGUUUCGUUUUCGAUCGUUUUCGCUGCCGCACUGAGGUCCACAUAUUGCGGCAUCAUUCAGGAGCACUUCAAAGUGGCCCUCCGGCGCACUUGCAGGGUGGUGAACUUGGACCCUGCGGCAGAAAACUUUGCCUACGAUUGCUACGUCGAUGUGCGAGAGCUCAUCUCCGUCGAUGACGCCAUGGAGGAGUUGGACUACGGACCCAACGGUGGUCUCAUCUUCGCCAUGGAAUAUUUGUCGGAGAACAUGAGUUGGUUGGAGGAGCAGAUCUCAGAUGCCCUGGAUGAUGACUACUACAUCUUCGACUGCCCAGGGCAGAUCGAGCUGUAUUCGCACCUGCCUGUCAUGAGAGAGGUUGUGGACAUGUUGCAGAAUCAGGACUUUCGCGUCGCCGGGGUCUACUGCAUCGAUGUGAACUUCAUCGAGGAUGCGGAGGGUCCCGAGCACUGUCCCGUCAGGGGACGUCGUGACGGCGACGAGGGAGUUCACGUCAGACAUGCAGACGAAACCACCAACAGACCCUAUGGAAGUCCCUAA